AAAACAAAAAAACGAGCAUUAUGUGAAAGGAGAGAGGUGUGGUUUGUUGUUAUCGACAGAGAAAUGGUGUGUAGUGUAGUGGUGUCGCCCAUUCAUUCAGUGGCACUCCGUCCCAAAAAUAUGGACAGCAACAGUUAAAACUGCGAGUAUAAUGGCAAAGGGGGGCGUGUAACUUGAGGAAGUGGGGGGUCGGGUUGAGUGCUGUGGAGUGCAGAGGAUGACCAGUUGGGCCGAGAGGAUGCACCGGAGAGCCACCACCCUUGGGAGUGUGGUUACUUCUUGCGGCCAUGGAUCUGGUCCAUAUCCUCACAGGCUUGAAAAGGUCAAAUUCGGAGUUCCUCUAGACGAAGUCUGCAAGAAUGACAUUCCUGGCCCCCUUCUCGUAUUAAUACUUAAAUUGAACAAGGAAGCACCGUAUAAGAAAGAUGUUUUCCGAGCACCAGGCCACCAAGGCAAUAUGAAAAAACUGAUACAUUUUCUCCAAACUGGCCGGUUAGUCAACAUGGACAACUUCUCAGUGUAUACAAUUGCGUCCGUUCUCAAAAAGUUCCUGCGAAAGCUACCUGGAGGAAUAUUUGGGCGUGAAGGUGAACAGCGUUUAUUUACUGUCAUUGACAUGGGAAACAAGGAAGAGCAACGAGAUGAGAUACACAGGCUUAUUACAUCACUUCCUGAACAUACACAACGACUGCUUGUUCUUCUUUUUGGAACAUUUCGUGUCAUUGCAACUAAUGCAGAGCGUGCUCGCACUGGCAUGACGUCAGAAGCACUUGGCGUUUCUGUUGCCCCUAGCUUCUUUCAAAGUUGUGUUAGUGAUGGAAAAACAGCAAAAAUGGAAGAUGUUAUGAGGUUCAAGGCUGAAGUUUCCGUGGCAACAAGAAUAAUGAAAUUUCUAAUCGACAAUUUUGGAGUUAGCAAUUUGUUUGGACGUGAAAACUAUGAAUUUUAUGCACGUAUCACAGGAAGGAUUUUGAAGGUUGAAGACGACUGGAUAUUUAGUUUCCGUUACCCUCCAGAUACACUAGCAUCACCUAUAUCGCAUCAAGAAGAAAGCCAAUCUACUCCUGCCUUGAUACAUGUGCCAGAGGGGUUUGACUCCACAGCACCAUCCACCUCCCUUGGCAUUAUUCCAGAAAAUAAUCUUCUCGAGAGCUAUACAAGACUCUCUAUAAGCCUUGAAGAAAAUGGUCUCUUUAAGGGUUCAAGCCGUUCAUCUUCAAGUAGUGCUACUACAAGCAGACAUAUGACACUAGAAGAACUUCGAGCAGUGAAUCGCUAUGCAGAGAGCACUAAAAGCCUUUCCUACCUCCCUCAGGUGCACGAACGCCAGACAGCGAGGAUGAGGACACGUUCGGAAUGGUUCCUGUCUCCAUCUGGGGGCCGGCUGGUGCAAUGCUCGCUGGACAGCAGUGACAUUGGUACCACACAUUUCGUCUUACGUGGCUCCAAUAAUCGCUCUCCUUCAGGUAGUAGAGGUGGGUUGGGAUUGAGCGCAAGUGCGGAGUCUCUUAAACGACCUAAUGUCCGUCGUUCAUCAAGCCGUGGUGAGAAGUCACGCCAUCAUCUACAUCGUAGUUCAAGUCGGCGUAAGAAUAAAGAAAAUGGUGCUAAACAGCAACAGCAGCAUUUGCAGCAGGGAUCACCCCAGCAGUCACAACAACCACAGCAUCUUCAUCAACAGCAGCAGCUGUCUUUGUCUCCAUCUUCACAACAGCGUAAGACUGAAGAGGGCUCACGUCCCAUUAGCAUGGCUGAAAUGCACACAGUACAUGUCACAUUAACGUACAAACCUCGUAUUUAAGACUACAUUUUGCUCAGAGAGUAUAAGUGAUUUAUACUUGUGAGUUCAGGAAAAGUAUCUUUUUGUGCAGCUUUGAGAUUUGGGAACUGUUGAUCACUCUUUGUUGAUACAUUGCAGAUUUUACAGCUGCAUGUGGAAAUGAGUAGUGUGAAGUGGAUUUAGUAGUGGAACAUUUACUUAGAAAUAAUUUAUAUUCCAAUAGAUGUUACAGUAGGUUAUGAAAGUAAAGUGUUAGAUGUGACAGAUGUGAGACUUAGGUAGCUCACUGAUUUUCAGCAAAGCUCAAAACCUGUAUACAAUCUGCUCUCUCCCCCCUCCCCU